GCCUUGUCUUGUCUCUUUGCUUCUUAAUUAUUUUGUCUGGUUAUUUUGAUCAUAAUCACUCCAAGAAACCUCAAAGAAACGCUAAAGAUCUGACAAACGCUUCAGGCUCUUAUCUUUAUCUCCAUGUUGUGAUGGAUCAAACUCGGUGUUUUCGGUUUCUAGGCCAAGCAGAAGCAUGUAGAGUUCUUCUUGUCAUGACUCUGGUUGUAGCCUUCGUUUUAGGUCUUCAGUAUUUCGAGCUCACUCCAAUAUCUAUUGGCUCCCUUGGAAACGGCACCGUUCCUGGAUCCAUAGCAUCCAACGAUAUCACUAUAAGUGAUGAAAACGAAAUGUUUCUUGCACCUCAAGAAGCAACCUCUGAGUUUAGUCCGCGUAAUAGCACUACGGAGGUUUUGAAGAAUUAUGAGCACAAGUUUCUGAAUAAUUCUCCUAAAGCUUAUGGACAAAGUAGAGGCAAUGAAACCACAAGCUUUCAUCAUCCUCUUCAACCCAAGAUACCUCAAAGCAAGAAGAAACAUGAGAGGAGCACCAAAAAACCACCUUUAGUUGUCAUAUCAAUAACCCAAAUGAACAAUAUGCUAUUGAAGCGGCAUAGUGAUCCUAAUAAUUCACUUGCACCUCGUUGGGGAUCAAAUGUGGACAAAGAGCUUAGAGAUGCAAGAAACAAGAUCAAGAACACGGUUUUGGCUAAGAAGGAUGAAGAUACUCUUUACGCACCUCUCUACCACAACCUAUCCAUCUUCAAAAGGAGCUACGAGCUAAUGGAACAGACUUUGAAAGUGUAUAUCUACUCAGAUGGUGACAGACCAAUCUUUCAUCAGCCUGAGGCAAUAAUGGAAGGGGUUUACGCAUCAGAAGGAUGGUUUAUGAAACUAAUGGAGAGUAGUCACAGAUUCUUGACAAAAGAUCCCACCAAAGCUCAUCUGUUCUACUUGGCUUUCAGUUCAAGAAUUCUUCAACAGAAACUCUACGUUCGUGAUUCUCAUAGUCGUAGAAAUCUUGUUAAAUAUCUCAGAGACUACAUCGAUCUCAUCAUUUCCAGCUACCCUUUCUGGAAUAGAACCCGUGGCUCUGAUCAUUUCUUCACUGCUUGCCAUGAUUGGGCUCCAGCUGAGACUAGAGGACCAUACAUGAACUGCAUUAGAUCACUCUGUAACGCCGAUGUCGGAGUAGACUUCGUGGUCGGAAAAGACGUCUCUUUGCCCGAAACAAAAAUCUCUUCGGCACAAAACCCAAACGGGAAUAUUGGAGGUAACCGCCCAUCCAAGCGAACCAUCCUCGCUUUCUUCGCAGGUAACUUGCAUGGUUAUGUUAGACCCAUCUUGCUUAACCAUUGGUCUUCAAGGCCUGAACCGGAUAUGAAGAUCUUCAACCGGAUCGACCAUAAAUCCUACAUCCGGUUCAUGAAACGCAGCAGAUUCUGCGUUUGCGCUAAAGGGUACGAGGUAAAUAGCCCAAGAGUGGUGGAGUCGGUUUUGUACGGUUGCGUUCCGGUUAUCAUCUCUGAUAACUUUGUACCGCCGUUUCUUGAGGUUUUGGAUUGGGAAUCUUUUGCUGUGUUUGUGCCAGAGAAGGAGAUUCCUAAUCUGAGGAAGAUUCUGAUAUCGAUUCCUGUGAGGAGAUACGUUGAGAUGCAUAAAAGGGUGUUGAAAGUUCAAAAGCAUUUCAUGUGGCAUGAUGGUGAACCGGUUCGGUAUGAUAUGUUUCAUAUGAUUCUUCAUUCUGUUUGGUAUAACCGGGUUUUUCAAACGUUUUAGCCAAGUGAGAUAUAAUCAGAUUUGGCAAGUCUUAUGGGUUGAGUUGUUAUACCAUUCUACACGUUUUAUCUUAAAUAACUAGUUAAAGUUUUUAAUAUAAUGAUUGUACAGUAGUUUGUAUCAGGUUGCCAUAAAGUUAAUUAAUAAAAGUUUUAAAUGGGCA